AUGCAGUCCGGGAAUGCGUUGGGGAAGGAAGGGAAGAAAUUUGUGUUUGAUCGGGCGUGGUUAGAGAAGGACUUGGGGAAGUAUCCUGCAAAACUUCAUGCACACAGGGUGGCCCACGAACUCGGGGUCAACCGCGGUAUCAUUUACCUCCCGGGCCAAGACAGCAAGUAUUACGACGACUCAGACAUGGGGCCCAGGUUCCGCCAGCGCAGACACUUCUACUACGUCUCUGGCGCCGACUUCCCCGGCUGCGUUGUGACCUACGACAUCGCGCGCGACCACCUGGUCCUCUGGAUCCCGCACGUGGAGCCUCGCACAGUGCUCUACUUCGGCCGGCUGCCUGGAAUCGAGGAAUGCAAAGCUGCCUCAGACCUGGAUGAUGUGCGGCCCAUUGAAGGGCUCGACAAAGCGCUCGCCGACCUGCUCAAGGACGGGGAUACACUGUACACGCUGCAUUCCGACCAGGUGCCUAAGGUGGCAGAGGGCGCACCGGUGUACGUCGAUACGUCGAGCCUGCUGCGGGCGGCGGACAAUGCGAGGGUGGUUAAGACGGAGUAUGAAGUCGAGGUCAUCCGGCGGGCAAACCAUAUCUCUAGCGAAGCCCACCGCGCCCUCCUCAGCCGCCUCUCAACCUUCACCAACGAGCGUGAGAUCGACGCCCAAUUCAUCGCCUCCUGCACCGCCCACGGCGCACCAACCCAGUCGUACCCACUCAUCGUCGCCAGCGGCAUCAACGCUAGUAUCCUCCACUACGAUGAGAACAAUCAAACCCUCACCGACGGCCGCCAGUUCCUCGUCAUCGACGGCGGCGCUGAGUUCCGCUGCUACGCCAGCGACAUCACCCGUACCCUGCCGCUAUACCCGUCCCCGUCUUCAUCCUCGUCCUCAUCCUCCCCCUUCCCAUCCCCCAAGGCAGAAGCCAUCUACCGACUAGUCGAGCGCAUGCAAGAGGAAUGCAUCGAGCGCGUGCGGCCGGGCGUCUUAUACGUGUCGCUGCACCGACACGCAGCCGAGGUAGCGGUCGACGGUCUGCUCAAGCUCGGCUUGCUGAAAGCCGAGUCAGCCGCGGAGGUUCUCGCGCAGGGGACCGUAGCCGCCUUCUUCCCCCACGGCCUGGGCCAUCACAUCGGGCUGGAGGUACACGACGUGGCCGGGGACGAGAGGCUGUAUAUGAGCGUAGCUGGGAGUAGCACGGCGCGUGGCGCGGGAAGAAGGGGAAGGGGCAAGCGCGAGUAUGUCCCGCCUACAGCGAUGGCCGCACUAUUCUCGGACCACGACGAUCCCACAGUGACGGCAACAACAACAACAACACCGGCAGCAGAUAAAAAACCCUACCAAGCCCUCCGCCCCAACAUGAUCCUCACGAUCGAGCCAGGGAUCUACUUCUGCCGGGAGUACAUCGAAGGCAACUUCCUCUCCAACCCGUCGCACGCGCGGUUCAUCGACCGCGACGUGCUUGACACGUACUGGGAUGUCGGCGGUGUGCGCAUUGAAGAUGACAUCUUGGUGACAAAGGACGGGUACGAGAAUUUGACGGCGGCGCCGAAGGGGGAUGCGAUGUUGGAGGAGAUUGCGAGGGGGCGGCGGGUGGGGGAGUAA